AUGGCGGCAUCAUCGGAUGCUGCUGCUGCUGCUGGGGGUGAUGAUGAUCUACGAGGCAAGGUUGCAGUCGUGACGGGGUCGUCCAGAGGCAUCGGGAAGGGGAUAGCGGUGACACUCGGACAGCGUGGGUGCACGGUCUACGUUACAGGCCGAUCUGUUGGGGGCAAUACAACGGACAAGGAAAUAGGGGGAAGCUUGGAGGAGACCGCUGCCGAAAUCGAGGCCGCCGGCGGAAAAGGGAUCCCUGUUGCAUGUGACCACGCUAAAGACGAACAGGUGAAAGCGUUGUUCGAGAAGGUGGAGUCGGAGCAAGGCAGGCUGGACAUCCUCGUAAACAACGCCUUCGCGUUAGGCCCGGGCGAUCAACUCCAGGCCAAGUUCUGGACGCAGGGGGCGGACGCGUGGGACUCUCUGAUAACCGUGGGUCUUAGGAGCCACUACGUGGCCUCGUGCUUCGCGGCGCCCCUCAUGAUCAAGUCGGUGAAGGAUCGGGGCGGAAAGCCGGGCCUGAUCGCCUGCGUGAGCUCCUUCGGCGGCCUGACCUACUCGUGGUGA